AGGUCUUUCCUACAAAGGCUGGCUGAAACCACUUGCUACUUUCAAAAUGGGAAGUUUCGGACAAAAGGCAAAGAACAGGUUCCUCUUGUAACUAUUCCUCCUCCAGCAAGCUUACGAGAACCCACAGCUUUGACAGCCAUGGAUGGUACGGCGAAUGUGAAAUCCAUCAUGGCAAAAUUUGGCAACAAUCUAGUGGAUGAGAUUCACAACCGGCAAGCCAAAGUUGCGAGGCAACCUUCUUCGAUCACAAAAGCUGCUUUUGACAAGUUUAGUCAAUUGGAAAAUGCUGGCCCGCCUGCAAAACCCAGCAGUUUUACUAAACCGGCAUCUCUCAAACCUCCUCUGGGCGCCAAACCUUCUCUUCAGGACACGUCAGACAAGGAUCCAAAGCCACCACCUCUGAAGAGCAAUUUGGUGGCCAGCAAAGUUGCUGCGUUGGCCCAGGCGUCCAACAGAGAAGCCAGUGAAAGCUCUGGAGCCCCAAGGCUUCCGGGUCCCAAACCUACCGAAGAACCGAAACAGGAUUCUAAGCCAGUGUUUCCCAAACCUUUUGAGAAUAGGUUACCUGGCUCUACACCUCCAAGAAAUGAACUCAAGCCUCCAGGAUUUAGGCCAGGCUUUACACUUCAAGCCCAAGAGAAUGAAGCAAAGCCUGUCUUUCCAAAGGGAGUGAGAGAAAACUUCAGCAUUCCUUCCCAGGAGAAUGAGUCCAGACCACCUUUUCCAAAGCCACCUCUUCGGCAAAAGCCAAGCCCACAGGGUGUCCACCAUGAAGAAGCGUCCAACAAGAACACCUUUUCGAACCGGGUGCCUCCAGGACCCACAAACCUGGUCAAAAAGGCCAAUUCAUUUCGAUCCAUCAAAGACACCGAAGAGAAGAGCGAUCAUGGAAUGGAUUCUACCCCUAGCCCCUUCUCACCUUUGAAACAUGUCGGGCCACCGAGCAAUCGGACACAAAUCCUCCAAAAGUCUUUUACGCAACGGAGCGAGGAGGUGACGCCAAGCGUUCCCAAGACUUUUCAUAAACUCAACCAGGAGAUUUUUGAGUCAAACUCUGGUGCACCUUCUGCUAAAUUCCCCAGUUUAGCCAGAGUGACGACAAUAGGACUUGGGCCCAGUAACUCAGAAAAAGAAGAGAAAGAUGGAAAAGGGCCCAAACGAAAGGUAAUGCCUCCGUUAUUCAAAUUAGGCCCACCACCCCAGAAACCUAACAGGCCUCCAGUGGUUGACCUGGAAAAGUACCGGAAAGCUAAUGGAGAAAGUCCUAAUAAACCACCACCAGCAGAUGUACCCCCUCCACUUCCACCAUCCUUUCCUGCCACAACAACUGCUACCUCACCACCACCACCACCACUGCUGCCUCCUCCUGUUCCUCCAGGUUCCCAUCCAUCAACACAAGCUCCAGUUCUUCCUCCAAGGAACAUCAAGCCAAGACCUCCAGAAGAUGAUGAAAACUAUGAUGAUGCUGAUUCAGGAGGAACCAGAAAAUCAGAUGAGCAUCCAAGCAGUGAUGGGGAAAUGUAUGAAGACAUACAAGACAUGAGAUCUACAGGUAAAGAAGACGAAAGGAGAAAGGAGAAAGAGGAAAAGAAAAAAUCUGACCAAGAGAAGAAAGAACAUAAGGAAAAAGAGAAAAAGGAACAAGAAGUCAGAAAGAAGUUCAAACUCACAGGUCCCAUUGAAGUCAUACACCAGGCCCGAGCUUGCACAGACUACAAAGGAGGGAAGAAUGACCUGUCCUUCAAACAAGGGGAUCAAAUUGAAAUUAUCCGCCUCACAGACAAUCCGGAAGGGAAGUGGCUAGGAAGGACAAGAGGCUCCUAUGGCUACAUUAAAACUACUAUGGUAGAAAUCGACUAUGAUUCCUUAAGAAGGAAGCCACGACCCCCCAUAAAUGUUCAGCCAAGGCAGCAAGACAGUGACCAAGAGGUGUAUGAUGAUGUUGGGGAUCAGGACAGCAUCAGCAGUGGAGGUCAACUUACCACAGGAGUUGGAUUCCCACCUCCACCAUCCUCUGAUGAAAUAUAUGAUGGAGUUGAUGAUGAAGACGAUCUUCCAAAGCGGUCUGCAUCGCAGGAUGAAGAUAUGAAUGACUCCUGGCCACGGGGCCUUUUGAAGAUUUUAAAGGGGAAAAAUAACCAAAAGAAAAGUGUACGGGAGACAACAACUAAAGACAAUGUGGUAGAAGAUAAUGGAAAUUCCUUUGGUUCUUCAGCAAAGCAAACACGGAAGGAAUCAGGAGACAGUGAUGUUUAUGAUGACGUAGAGCCAACUGACUUCCCUCCACCACCGAAAGAACUCAGCUUGGGGAUAAAUUCAAAGUCUUUGGGCUUUGGGAGAGCCAAAUCGGAAGAACGGGAUUCACAGAAACAGAAGAAAAUGGAGAAAGAAGAAAAAGAAUUCCGGAAGAAGUUUAAAUACGAAGGUGACAUUCAGGUUCUGUAUACUACGACCGUAACUCGAGCACCGUGUCCUAAGAAAAGAGGCUCGAAAGACUUACCAGUGAAGCCAGGAGAAGCAGUGGAUGUUAUUAAAAAUGUGGAUGAAAAUAAAAUCCUGUGCAGGAAUGAAGAAGGAAAAUAUGGGUAUGUCCGAAGAAGCUGCAUAGCAGACGAAGAUGAUGAAAUCUAUGAUGACAUUGCUGAUGGCUGCAUAUACGACAAUGAUUAGUUGCAGACCUCUUCCCAGCGUGAACAUCUUCUCUGGAUUUCCAACUCGUUGAUGAUGCAGGACAGAAAGUCUCUCACUCAUGCUUCUUGCUGUUGUAUGGACACAAAAAUUAGAUUAAGCUAUUCCCCCAGUUUAUGGACUGUGAAGUAGUGUUCACAGUGGAAGCAAAACAUUUCUGAGUUAGCUUCAAAUUUGUUUGGGGCCAUGAUGCAGACGUCUAAACUAUCUCCCUUCAGUACUAUGCAAAGUGCUUUUAGAUCAUUGAGAUAAUUACCCAUUUCCCUUUUGCUAAUUAUCUCUCCCCAGCAUAUAUUCUUCAAUAGUUCACAGGUAAAAUUAGGGACACUGAGAUGUGUACUUGUAACACUGCUGUUCUCACAUCAAGAAUCACUACAUGAAGUGCCCGGCCCCAUUACAUUUCCUCUCUAUCCAUAGAUCUUAGCAUUAGUUUCCAGAGCAAUGUUACCUUAGCAAACUGACUAUAACUGUUUUGUUGUUUAAAAUAAUGUAACAGUGUGUCAUCUCAUAAAGGACCUGGUUGCACUUACUGUUCAAACACCUUGCACUUAUUUUUAUAUAAAUGUAUACAUGUUACUAAAUAAAUCAUGGCUGGGAAAUGUAGAGCGGGGGCUGGAUUUUCCUAAUAUGCAUUAUGAAGGGGUAUUAUGAUGCAUUCAUUCAAAUAUUCAUCGUCCUCCUAUACAUACCUAUAUAAUUUUCACAUUCUUUACCUUCUAGGGAUCUGUGUUGAAACCUGAUGAAUUCUACUUUGUAUAUAUUAAAAUUAAUAAACAUUUUAAAAGAAA